AGAGAAUUAGAGAAUCGGAGAAAACUUACAAGCUGCUGUGUUGAACUUCGCUGCCGUUAGCUGACAUUCCGUUGCUAUGGCAACUGUGGAAUUGUGACGUGUCGAUGACGUCACAGAGCACGGUAUAUAAAUUGAGAAUGACAAAGAGCUUAGGCGAGUUUGAGGGUAAUUUUACAACUAUAGGCCAGACGCCAGUCCUAUUGAGUCUCUUGAUACAGUUUAUAGACACAAACAGUCAGUUUGAAAACUGUACAUUGUUAAAUACAGAUUAUUUAUCUGUCAGUAUCAGUAUCGGAACACCAGACACAAUGUCCACAGAGGUGAGAGAGGUGCUUCAGGAGGUUUACCUCAACGGCGCCUUCUACUCCGGGGAAAGUUACUGGGCAUCAGAUGAUAAAGAUGUGCAGCUGGAGUUUGAGAUCUCUGAUGCCAUCUACGACCUGCUCGGCAGCAGCGCAUCUCAAGAGAUAGAUGUGCAGCUGGAGGUUGUGAUGGACGAUCACGUCUCAGUCGGUUACUGCAGUCCAGGAGAGAUGCACGUGCAACUGGAAGUUGAUGAAAAUGAGGACAUCUCAGUCUGUGAAGUGAAAGAUUUGCAGCUGGAGAUGAACAGGAACGGCAGCGUCUCCGAGCUGAAGAGCCCUGCGCUGGUGUCUGAAGAUCUGAGUGACCCAGAGGCCAAUGAUCAGGAGAACAGCCCGACAGAAAGCACUGCUGGGUGGAUGUUCAAGAAAAUAAGUGCAGUCUUCCAGCGAUUGACUGCAAUCUUCCAGACAAAUGCACUGAAUGCUGUUGGGGAACCUGAAGUGGAUCUUCUUGAUCCAGAGGAAUCAUGUGUCCCAGAUCAAAGUGCUCCCGAGCCAGAAACUGAAACUGAUCUGGUCGAUAUCGAGCAAUCGUGUGUCCCAGAUCCCAGCGUUCCCGAGCCAGAACCUGAAGUGAAUCUGGUCGAUAGCGAACAAUCGUGUGUCCCAGAUCCCAGCGUUCCCGAGCCAGAACCUGAAGUGAAUCUGGUCGAUAGCGAACAAUCGUGUGUCCCAGAUCCCAGCAUUCCUGAGCCAGAACCUGAAGUGGAUCUUCUUGAUCCAGAGGAAUCGUGUGUCCCAGAUCCAAGCGCUCCCGAACCAGAACCUGAAAUGGAUCUGGUCGAUACAGAGCAAUCAUGUAUCCCUGAAACUGAAGUGGAUCUGGUUGAUCCAGAGGAAUCGUGUGCACCAGAUCCAAGUGUUCCCGAGCCAGAACCUGAGGUGGAUCUGUUUGAUCCAGAGGAAUCGUGUGCACCAGAUCCAAGUGUUCCCGAGCCAGAACCUGAAGUGGAUCUGGUUGAUCCAGAGGAAUCGUGUGCACCAGAUCCAAGUGUUCCCGAGCCAGAAACUGAAGUGACAUCAGAGCUUUCAAGGUUGGAAAACUACAUCCGUCUAAACGUGUCCCAGCUGGAGGAUCGUUUGAGGGAAUGUACACUGUCCAAGACUCCUGUCACUGAGGUCUGGCCCAGGGUCUUCAUUGGAAAUGAAGAGACUGCAUGGGACCGAGAUAAACUGAAGGAGAUGGGAAUUAUGCAUAUCCUAAACGCUGCAGCGCCCAAGAAGGACCUGAAGUUCUUGUUGGGAAUGGCAAGCGAGAAAGACCUACUAGGAACGGUCAAUACAGGGUCCAGAUAUUACAGAGGCAUGAACAUUACUUACUGUGGCUUGCCUUCGUUCAGACACUGGGCCAACAUCAGCAAGUACUUCUUGCCAGCAGCCAAAUUUAUCCAUAAGGCCUUGAGGAACCCAACAAGUAAGGUGUUGAUUCACUGCACACAGGGCCUCAGCCACUCGGCGACUCUGUUUCUGGCUUAUCUGAUGAUCUGCCAUGACAUGAUGAUGGUGGAGGAGGCCAUUGAUCACGUCAUAAAGGUUCCUGCAGACUGUGCCCAGUCCCGGGACAGUGGACACAGACCCCUGGAGGACUUGGAAAUGGAGGAACCUCUCAGUGUCACUCGUCCACUCACUGCUGACUGGCAUCUGGGCCGUCGCCUGUGUCAUACAGCAUCCUGUGAUGGUGCAUGAAAUCCACUCCACCUACACCCCAUCAGCAUACAUGCUAGUCGUCGUCUCCUCUGGCUACUUCAUUCAGGAUGCUGGUGACAUUAUUUUUAGUGGCUACGCAAAAGCAUCUUGGGAGUUUUUACU